GGGAUUAUUGCGUCCGGUAACUGAAGUCUAUCUAAAACGUCUCUGCUGUCUUGGUCUUGGGUUUCCCGCUGAUUUUCCCGAAAAUGACGGCGUCUUGCGCGCCUCGCCAGGCGCCUCCCGGCCGCCCAGAGAGUCCCCCUUUUCCUUGGUGCUGCGGAGGGAUUCUUUUGCUGGUCUUAGUGCUCCCGUUGCCCAUAUUCUCCGGUCUCUGUAUUGAUCCACCAGUAUUGGAGAGUAUGAAGCUCAAGGGUGUCAUUAAACGCAAUUAUUAUUCUGGGGACAGAAUAGACUAUGAGUGUCACAGAGGAUACUUUUAUGUGUGGCCUUAUCUCCUCACAUCUAUUUGUGAGCCUAAUGGCUCAUGGAGCCCUAUUGAAGAAGCAUGUUUAAGAAAAUCAUGUCCAAAUCCAGAAAUAAAACAUGGUGAAGUAUAUGCCCCAAAUAAAACCUUUGAGUUUGAAUCAGAAGCUCACAUUUCUUGUAAUGAGGGUUACUACUUAAGAGGAAAAAAAAUUCUAACUUGUAACCUUAUUGGAGAUAAUGUGCAUUGGAGUGAUAAGAUGCCACAUUGUGAAAAGAUUUUUUGUGGACGACCUCCAAAAAUAAUACAUGGAAAACACACCAAUAGCUACAGGAAUAUAUUUGAAUAUAAUGAAUUAGUAACUUAUAGUUGUGAUCCUUCAAAUGGAUCAGAUGAAUAUUCACUUGUUGGAGAGAGCCAGCUUAUUUGUUCUGGACCUGGCAAAUGGAGUCAUGCUGCGCCUCUGUGUAAAGUGGUCAAAUGUGAACGUCCAGUACUCGAACAUGGAAUAAUGGUGUCAGGAAGUAGAAAAAAAUUUUCCUACAAAGCAGUGGUGAUAUUUGAAUGCCUCCAGGGUUUUUACCUUAAUGGCAGCAACCUAGUGUUCUGUGGUGGUAAUAAUACUUGGGAGCCUGAGAUGCCAAAGUGUAUUAAAGGUUACAAGCCUACUCAUCCAACCAAGACUCCACUUUCAAAAUAUCCAGGAUAUCCCAAUCCCAGUGACAAAAUACUAUCGCUUGAUGACUUUGAGGAUUUAGAUGCAGGAAUCAUUACUCUGAUUUUUCUUACUGCAAUUGUUGCUGCUGUAGUAGUUUGUACCUGCUUGUACAGAUGUCUUCACAAUGAGAAGAAAGAGGAGAAGGAUAUGAAAAAGAAGGAAGAAAAGGAGAAGAAAGAGAAGGAGAAGAAAGAGAAGGAGAAGAAAGAGAAGGAGGAGAAGGAGAAAAAGGAAAAGAAGAAAGAAAAGGAGAAGGAGAAGAAAGAGAAGGAGAUGAAAGGGUAA